AUGUGGCGCAAGCAAGGAGGAGGCAAGCUCGGCAAGUCCGGCGGCCUCAAUCUCGGUGACGGUGGGCUGGAUCUCGGCGAACUCGGCAAUAUACGUAAUAAAUGGAGAGAUGGGGAUGGAGGGAAACACCUGAAUCCCUCAAACUGCAGUACAAAUGAGAGGAGGGAAAUAGAGGAGACUGCAAUGGGACCAACACAGAGGAGAGGAAUGACCUUGCUUCACCUGGGAGACGCCACGAAUGGAGCAGGGGGCACCACUGUGCACGGACAGAGGGGACUGCAGGGGAUGGCCGAUGACGGAGAGGCGAAACCUGAGAUCGGCGCCGCCGCCGCGCUGGGGGCCCACCGUUGCCGCGGACGUGGACGCGGCGGUGGCCUGGCGCAGACGCACCGCCUCAGUCCCACUGUCGCACGUGACCGCUGUUACACUCGCUCUUUCCGCUCCGCGGGGCUCCGCCCGGUGGCCAUUCCGCUCCCCGAUGGCGCCGUCGUACACCUCUGGCUCCCGCCACCUGCCGCCGACCCCGCCAGGCCCCUACACCCUGUCCUGCUCCUCCACGGCUUCGGCGCACAAGCCACCUGGCAGUGGGCGCCCUUCCUCCGCCCGCUCCUCGCCGCCGGUCUGGCCCCCUAUGUCCCGGACCUCGUCUUCUUCGGCGCCUCGUCCUCCCCCGCCGCAGACCGCUCCCCAGUCUACCAGGCUGCCUGCGUCGCCGCCGCUAUGGCUGCGCUCCCUGGCGCCCCGCAGCGGUACGCCGUUGUCGGGGUCAGUUACGGCGGCUUCGUAGCAUACCACCUCGCCCACGCGUUCCCGGCAGCAGUGGAGCGGCUUGUACUCGUCGCGGCCGGUGUUUGCCUCGAGGAGGCCGACCUGGCCGCGGGGCUCUUCGCCGUUGAGGAUAUCGCCGAGGCUGCAAGUCUGUUGCUGCCCCAGCGGCCGGAGGAUCUCCGGAGGUUGGUGGGGCUCACCUUCUGCCGCCCUCCGUGGUUCAUGCCGUCCUGCUUCAUCAGGGAUUACAUCAGGGUUAUGUGCACUGAAAAUGUAAAAGAGAAGACAGAGUUGUUGUAUGCAUUGAUCAAUGGUAGGAAGCUUUCAGACCUUCCUAAAAUUAACCAGCAAACCUUGAUAAUUUGGGGAGAGCAAGACCGAGUCUUUCCAUUGGAAAUUGGAUUACGGCUGAAAAGGCAUUUGGGAGAUACUUCCGAACUAGUGAUUGUCAAGAAUGCCGGUCAUGCCAUAAACCGUGAAAAGCCAGCAGAACUUUGCAGACUAAUAAAGAACUACAUCGUUGAUCCCUCAGUCAAGUAUCGAGAUGACCGUAAGGGAUCUUGGAAGAAUGCGAUAAAGAGGUUUGUUGGGUCGAGCCUGAGAAAGGUGGACUCUUCUCGACCGAUGCUAUAG